AUGUUGCUCAAACCCGCGACGCCCCUCACGAUCCUACUUCUGAUCGCAUUUGCGCUACUCCUGCUGUCCUGUCUAUCCACCCCCAUCAUUAAGGGAAUUCCUUUAGCGACUUUCACCGAUGUUGAUUACGGUGUCUUCGGCUACUGUCAGAGCGAUAAAUGCACCAAUAUCCAUGUCGGAUACACUAGCAAUGAUAUAAAUAACACCGGCGAUGAUUUCAAUCUACCCUCGAGCACCCGCAAAUCCCUCUCCGCGAUCCUCAUCGUUCACCCCGUCGCUGCUUUCCUAACUCUCAUUUGUCUCGGUCUGGCCGCCGCAGCUCACUUCCACGGCCCGUCCCAUUCGCCACGCUUCCUGCUCGCCUUGCUCAUCCUUCUCUUGCCGACCUUGCUCGUAACUCUUCUUGCAUUCCUUGUCGACAUUUUGCUCUUCGUGCCGCAUUUACAAUGGGGUGGCUGGAUCGUGCUGGCAGCGACCAUCAUCCUUGUUGCUUGCGGAGUGGUGACAUGCGCCAUGCGCCGGACUUUAGUGAGUCGCAAGGCGCGGAAGAACCGGAUUGCCGAGAACGCUGAAAUGAGUGGUGAGAAUUAUUACAACCGACAGAAUGCUGCGGCCGCCGCACUGGCGGCUACUCCUCUGCCCCUCCCGGAAACGACUGAGAAUAAGGAAGCCAUAAUCUCCGGUUCGCCCACUUCUGAGUCUGGUCCUACUUUCGGGACCUUCCGUACGAACACUCGCGACAGCGACGAUGAUCGGACGCCAUUGAAUUCCCGAACUCCAGUCAACGGAAUGGCCGAUGUGCCCAAUCUGCCAGACAACCAAUACCCGAGCCGCCAUGGAACCCCGUAUCAUGCCCAGGAUGAGGCGGGCAUGUCUCCCCAAGGUCCCUAUGGUGCUGGUCCCAUGCGUAACCCAUCCGACCCUCGAUUGCAUAAUCAGUACUCCGAUGGUAGCAUGGGCUCUCGUCGUGGCGGUGGUCCGCCUGGAAGCGGGCCUCGCGGAAGAGGAUAUCCCCCUCGAGGUGGUUAUGGCCGGGGGGGACCCUAUACUGGACCUCCUCGUGGUCCCCCGGGCGCCGCUCGAGGCGGCUAUAUGGGCCCUAUGCCUCCACGUGGCCGUGGUGGUAUGAUGCCCGCUCGUGGGGGCCCCCGUGGUGGUGGAGUUGGCUAUAUGACAGGCCCCAACCGCAGCUUUGAUUCUUAUGGUCGACCAAUGCCCGACGACAUGUACGACUCCCAGGGGCAGGCGCCCGUUGGACAGAUGCGCCAGCCAUCUCCAGGACCCAUUGGAAUGGCGGUGUCCCCCGAUACCGUUGGUCAAGCGAUUGAGAUGCAACCUCAAGCCCGGCGGUAUGAUGCACAGGAUUCUUAUAUCAGCAACGAAAACCCACAUGCCCUGUCUGUUGACGGCCAUCAAGCGCCGCUCGAAAGCCCUACGAGUCAAUACAGUCGACCUGAAUCCUACAUUCCCGCUCGUGCGGGCUGGAGCGCUCCUGAUAUGCGAGGACUUUCACCGCGCCCUACCCCAUCACCUGUCCAUGCGAAUGCUAACCAGGGUACUGCCUACUAUGAAGACGUUGACCCCCCAGUUUGCGCGUCGCCCUUCACCUCGACCUACUCCUCAGCCGAACCUCCCGUCAGCCUUAACCCCCGGAGGUGGAGGUGCUGCCCACUGUAA